ACCAUGGUGUGUGUGUGUGUGUGUGUGUGUGUGUGUGUGUGUGUGUGUGUGAAAUAAACUUGUGGAAUUAUCAGGUGGGGUACGGACAAGCUCUUGCGCUGCGCGAGUCUCGUGUGCGAUUCGCUGGCAUCCUAGUUCGAACGGACGUAGAAAAUUAAUCAACCAUGUUCCGAACAACACUUGAGAUUCCCAACAAGCGCAGUUCCACAAUCGUGGCGCCGAAAGGUAUCCAUAACCGCCGGAAGUCUCUGCCGGACAUGCGCAUUCCAUGUUGGUCGUAUGGGCCGAAGAGGACACGCCCACCUGCAACACAUCGAGAUCUUGAUUGGAUGAAACAGGCGGCAAAGGAGAUGGAGAAGGCGAUGAAAGAGUUCAACAAGAGAAAGCAGGAACACAACGAAGAGGAGACAAAUAAAACCGGACACGAGCCUCCUCCGGUAGAAAUUGCGGAACGUCUUCGUGUUGGACACGUUGAGCUGCACAUUGAUGAAAACACACAGCGCCACCACACGGACAAAUACGAGUGUACAGAAUCAAGGGAGAUAAUGUGCCAGGCUCUGAAACCGGAGCUGGUUUUGCGAAGAGGGGACGAGUUUCUGUUGACCAUCGUCUUCGACCGCCCUUACAACAAGAAGAAACACGAUAUGGAGAUCAUAUUUAAGAUAGGUACGAAACCCUCAGAGAAGAGGAAAACACUGGCCUCGUUUCGUGUUGAUGAGACUGGCAAGAGCGGAUACAAACCGAAGAGGUGGGGUGCUCGAAUUCACACUGAGCAAGAUACAUCUCAAACCAUCGCCGUGUUCGUCCCGGCAGACUGUCCCAUUGGAGAAUGGGAAUUCAUUAUCAGGACAACGGAGCAAGGUUCUGCUAAAGAGGAUGUGGCGAUUUGUCAGUACGAGUCGGCAGAUGACGUCACGAUCUUGCUGAAUCCUUGGUGCAAAGACGAUGCGGUGUACAUGUCGGACACAGCGUUGCUCGACGAGUACGUUCUCAACGACUCCGGCGUCAUCUACCGCGGCAGCACAAACUCCAUCUCACUCAAACCGUGGUAUUUCGGUCAGUUUGACAACGACAUUUUGACUAUAUCUCUGUUUCUGUUGAGGAAAGGUCUGGCGUUCCGCUCGUCCCCCUCGCUUGGUGACCCGGUCAAGAUAGCAAGGUCGCUGUCUCAACUCGUUAAUGAAAAUGACGGCGACGGCGGGGUGAUCAUCGGUAACUGGAGCGGCGACUACGACGACGGCGUGUGUCCCACCAAGUGGUGCGGCAGUGUCAAGAUACUGCGUGACUUCCUCAGCGGUCACAAACCUGUCAAGUACGGGCAGUGCUGGGUGUUCUCAGCAGUUCUCACUACAGUGUGUCGCGCUAUUGGUCUGCCGUGUCGCAGCGUAACGAACUACUCGUCAGCACACGACACUGACGCCAGUCUAACGAUAGACGAGUACUACUAUGAUGACUCCGCUGGUGACAUUGUCAAAGACAGCUACCGCACCGAAGACUCCAUCUGGAAUUACCACGUCUGGAACGAAGUGUGGAUGAAGAGGAAGGAUCUUGGGGAAGGGUAUGAUGGCUGGCAGGUGAUCGACGCAACCCCUCAGGAACAAAGCGACGGCGUGUUCUGCUGUGGCCCCUCCCCUCUGACAGCCAUAAAGAACGGCGAUGUCAACAUUGGGUACGACACGGCGUUUGUGUUUUCCGAAGUCAACGCUGACGUCAUCCAAUGGAAAGAGACGGAAACCGGCGACGUGCUGAUGAAGAAAACGAAAACCAAAGUUGGCAAACAAAUCAGCACCCACAAACCAACAGGACUUCCGUUUUCUCAAGAGAAGACAAUGUCUGGCGAUUAUAAGAAUGACGAACGAGAUGACGUCACUAACAACUACAAACACAAGGAAGGAAGUAAGGAGGAGCGACAGGCGGUGUUUAGGGCUGCGUCGUUCUCCAGUGGACAGCGAGAUCCCUAUGAAUACGAGGUCAAAACGAAAAUAGAUUUAGUGUUGGCUCUAAAGAGCAGGGCAGUGAUUGGCGAAGACAUCGUUUAUACGGUGACAGUAAAGAACAAGAGCGACGACGUCCGCCACGUCAGACUCAGCGUCACGUUCAACGCCAACCUCUACAACGGCCUCAUCACGUCGAAAAUCUACAACGAGUCUUUCCCAGAGAAGGCCAUACCAGCCGGGAAAGACGAAGUUUUAACCAUCAAAGUAAAUGGCAUGAAAGCGUUCAGGUUUACCGGAGAGAGCGGCCAUGUCGUAGUGAAAGCGUUCGCUGAGGUGCUCUUCGGUGACGUGACAGAGAUCGUAACAGAAGAUGACGACUUCCAACUCAAGAUUCCACAGCUUAUGUUUAAGGGUCCGAAGACUUGUAAAAAGAAUGACGUCAUCUCGGUGACUGUAAGUCUGGAGAACCCUCUCAACUGCCCGCUCACUAAAUGCUCCCUGGAUCUGGAGGGCAGUCUGGAGUGUGUCACCACUGAAAGGAUGACAUUUCCCGACAUCCCCACCCACGGCAAGUGGCAGACGACGUUGACGCUGAAGCCGCGAGCUAGUCAGAAACACAAGAAAUUCAGAGAGCUGUCCGCCAGCUUCGACACAGCAGAGGUGAAGGACAUUGAUGGCAAAUACUCCGUUCAGCUGACUGGAUACUUGAACAGCAUCUCCAUAACCGUUACUUCUCAAAGACGAGCUAUGUACAGACAGCGGUAUCCGCAACGUCGCCGCGUCUCCGGUUAUCGAGACUUCUCUCACUAUCUACGUGAACGACGUCGACUGCGGUAUGCACCACCUCGUAACAACUGGCGAAGACGAAGUUAUGGACCGAGCCGAACGCGGCGUCGACGGUACGAAACGUUCGCCGAAUGGUUGUCUCGUUACAGCGAAGCACCGAACACAAGACGGCCGGAAACUCCCGAAGAACCAAAACCGGAACCGGAGCCAGAACCACUGACAGAAGACGAACUCUCCAAGGAACUCCACGUGCAGAAGAUUGACAUGCACAUCCAAUCAAACAGCGACGCGCAUCACACGGACGAAUAUGAGUGUACAGAACCACGGGACAGUGAUAACCCUUAUGACCCGGAACUUAUUGUACGAAGAGGUCAGGACUUCUUGCUGAGUAUUUACCUGAACCGGCCCUAUGACGUCAACAAGCACGACAUGGCGCUGGUGUUUAAAACUGGUGAAAGCCCGUCGAUAGUGAACGGAAGCUGUGUGGAGUUCCCCCUGCUAGAGGAGGGGGAGGUGGAGUACAAGCCGUCCAGGUGGGGGGCUCGCAUCAUGAAGUGCGUCAACAACACCGUCGAUGUGGCCGUCUUCCCGCCGUGCACCUGCUACAUCGGCGAGUGGGAGCUCAGCGUCAAGACGAUAGUGCAGGGCAAAGACCCCAAUGACGUCGACGUUUGGGAAUACGAGUGUCCGGAUGACGUCACGAUUUUGUUCAAUCCUUGGUGCAAAGAUGACUUGGUCUACAUGUCUAAUGACCUGGAGGAAUACAUCCUCAAUGAAGCGGGCGUCCUCUACAGGGGAAACUCCUACUCUCCUGGGCCUAAGAAGUGGAAUUUUGGCCAGUUUGAUCGGGGUAUUCUGGACGCCUCUUUACACCUGAUGUACAUGGGAUUUGGUUACAGAUCCUGGGGGCGAACCGGCGACCCUGUCAAAGUCGCGCGGGUCUUAUCACAAGUCGUCAACCACACAGGAAUUGACUCCAAUGACCCUAACUAUGGCGUGCUGGUCGGAAACUGGUCUGGAGACUAUGACGCAGGUCAGCGACCCGGUUCUUGGACAGGCAGCGUGAAGAUUUUACGACAGUUCAUGGAAACCAAGAAACCUGUCAAAUACGGACAGUGCUGGGUGUUUUCCGGUGUUCUUACCACAGUGUGCCGCGCUCUCGGCAUCCCGUGUCGGAGUGUCACGAAUUUCGACUCUGCGCAUGACACUGACGUCAGUCUGACGAUCGAUCGUUUUGUGGACGAAGAUGAAGAUGAGAUCAGAAAUAUGAACUCCGAUUCCGUUUGGAACUUCCACGUGUGGAAUGAAGUGUACUUGAAGCGACCCGAACUCGAUGACGUAUACAGUGGAUGGCAGAUCAUUGACGCCACACCACAAGAAUCUAGUGAAGGUGUGAUGUGCUGUGGCCCGGCCCCUCAGGCGGCAAUAAAACGAGGGGAUGUGGACGUCGGCCAGGACACGAAGUUCGUGUUUGCCGAGGUGAACUCCGACCGCAUCACGUGGAUGAUAUCACGAAGCGGAGAGUACCGAGUCACCCAUCUUGACACAUCCGCUGUCGGCAAUAAGAUUAGCACUCACAAGCCUACAGGGCGGCCAAUGGAGGGUGGCUACCACAGUCGCUAUAACCGAGACAAGGAUGAGAAGAUAGAGAGAAUGGACAUCACUCACCUGUACAAAUAUCCAGAAGGAAGCAUACAAGAGCGGGGAGCAGUCAAAAAUGCCGCCCAACACUCGGCUAUGUUGCACGUGAGAGAUCCAUAUAUGGCAAAAGCAGAUGAGAGUAUUAAAGUAACUAUUUCGGUACCAGAUGACAUCAUGGUGGGUGCUAACAAUUUCAAUGUUAAGAUCAAUAUCUCUAAUGUUUCGGAUGAAGUGCGUGUCUGUCGACUUAUCACCACUGUCCGAGCUAUUACCUACACGGGCGAGCUGUUUGGAAGUCCAGUGCACGAUGAAACGUUCAGGGAAAUGCAAGUCUUCCCCAGAAAAGAUGAGAGUGUGUCGUUCACGGUGGAUGGAAGCUCGGCCUUCAGCGCCGCCAACGAGGAUUUCCAAUUCAAGAUGAUCGCCAAGUGUCUUGUGAAGACCGGCCUCUCCAGAGACGUGCAGGAGUUCUCCCACAUCUUCAGAUACAGGCUGCCAGAGAUGGACUUCGAGGGUCCAAAGAAGUGCAAGAGAAAUGAAACCAUUACAGUGAAAGUGAGCCUAGCGAACCCGCUGCAUAUUCCUCUAACACAGUGCGUCCUUGACCUUGAAGGAAGUCUGAGUCCCGUGGAACCAACGAAAGACAGAAUGGAGAUACCAGAUAUCCCACCUAGAACCACAUGGACCGAAGAAUUGAAGCUAGUCGCUCGUAAGACACAAAGGAACAAGAAAAUCCGUGACCUCACAGCUAGCUUUGACACCAAGGAACUCACUAACAUUGACGGGACAUUUGUCAUUCAAAUAGUAGAUUAAUACAUGUUCAAAACGUAGCCUUGACACCAAGGAACUGUCUAACAUCGAUGGAACAUUUGUAAUUCAAACAGAAUGUCAACACCACCACUUUGCAUCAUUGCCAAGGAACUGACCAGUAUUAAUGGAACUUUCAUAAUUCACAUAGAUUCAUAUAUCUGCAAAACCUACAAUUAAUAUAUGCGGCACCAAGGUGAUGUUUAAUAUUAAUGGACUAUCGAACCAUCAAUUAAUCGCAUAUGCACUACGAAUAACGUAUCUGCAAAACUAGUUUCCAGUUUCGACACCAAGUAACUGACUAACAUUUGAUGGAACAGUUGUAAUUCAGAAAGAAGAACAAUAAGUAAUCUGUAACAACAUCAGCUAGGUUUUAUAUCAAGGAACUGACAAACACUAGUACUGAUAUAACAUUUGUAAAAGUUUGUUUUGUUUAAUGAUACCACAAGAGCACAUUAAUGUAUUAAUCAUCGACUAUUGGAUAGAUAGAUAUCUAGUUUAACGUGCCCAUAUACCACUAGGGUUUCGAACACGCCCAU